UGAGAGACGGGGAUGUUGUGAAGCCAGUUUUUGCACCUUCUCAGUUUGUUAAGAGCGUGAGGACGGCCUGAAGCCUGAGCUAAAGGGCAUCUGUGAUGGAGGCACGAAAAAAUGAAAAGAAUGACUCCAGAGGUAAGGGAGGAAACAAAGGCUCACAGGGUGACAGACCAGAAAUCAUCGCUCAAGUAGAAAGGAUACCGAACGUCAGUGCCCUGCCCAAAGCAGUGAAGAGGAGAGUGUACGCUCUGAAGAGACUGCAGGUCCAGAGCGCUCAUAUAGAGGCCAAGUUCUAUGAGGAAGUCCAUGAGUUGGAGAGAAAGUAUGCUGGUCUCUACCAGCCCAUCUUUAACAAGAGACGGGCAGUGGUGUCUGGAGCAGUGGAGCCAACAGAUGAUGAAUGCGAGUGGCAGAGUGAAGGAGAGGACGAAGAGCUGUCUGAGGAUAUGAAGAAGAAGGCUGCUCUGGAAGAGAAGAAAGAAGAUUCAGCCACUGCCGAGGACCCUAAAGGCAUCCCAGAGUUCUGGCUGACUAUCUUCAAACAUGUGGACAUGCUGGGGGAAAUGUUACAGGAGCAUGACGAGCCCAUCCUGAAACACUUGCAGGACAUCACAGUGAAAUUCUCUGCACCAGGAGAGCCAAUGAGCUUCACUUUGGAGUUCCAUUUCGAGCCCAACAGCUACUUCAGCAAUACCGUCCUCACUAAAACGUACAAGAUGAAAUCGGAGCCAGAUUCAGCAGACCCUUUCUCAUUUGAGGGGCCAGAGAUAGUGGACUGUGAGGGCUGCAAGAUAGACUGGCAGAAAGGCAAGGACGUAACUGUGAAAACUAUUAAGAAAAAGCAGAAGCACAAAGGUAGAGGAACAGUGAGGACCAUCACCAAGGAAGUGGCACAGGAUUCCUUCUUUAAUUUUUUUAACCCUGUCAAAGCAUCUCCAGAUGGAAUGGAUGAGGACCUGGACUUCACUCUUGCCACAGACUUUGAGAUAGGUCAUUUUUUCAGAGAGCGUAUCAUCCCCAGAGCUGUGCUGUAUUUCACAGGAGAGGCUUUGGAAGAUGAUGAAAGCUUUGAAGAGGAGGAUGUUGAAGAAGGCGAUGAGGAGGACCUUGAUGAGGAGGGUGAAGAGGAAGAUGAAGGCGAUAUUGACCCCACAGCAUGAAUCAUUUACACUUCCAUGCAUUCCUAGAAACAGCCUCAGCCAGCAGAGUGUAAUCAGCAGUAAGAAGAGGGAGAGCCCCGGAGUGAUCUCAUCCCCUGCUCGACCUGCCAUAUACUCUCCAAACAAUGCAAUAGAAAUCCAAACACCGUGUAGGAAAUGCAUGAUCAUUUAUGUUUACGUCUCACAGGGGUUACCUCCGUAUUCAAAAUAGAGCAUUCAAAAAAAAAAAGUGACUACAUGUAACAGUUCUGCACUUCACCCUUUUUGAUCUAAGGCCUCUUUUGUAAGCUCUCAUGUAUUUGAUUGGAAGUUUUGCGCAAAGCGGUUAUUAUUGUGUGUGUGUGUGUGUGUGUGUGUGUGUGUGUGUGUGUGUGUGUGUGUGUAUGUGGGUGGGUUUUUGUUUGUUUUUUUCUUCCCUCUAGUAUAUUUCUUUUCUCAGUUCCUUGUCAGUGUUCCAUGGUUGGUGACAUUACAGAAUCCUGAAUAAUACCCCUGACUGUUUUCACACUGUAGGUCACUUGGGGUUUUUGUUUGUUUUUUUUUUGUUUGUCCUUUCUUUAAACACACCAAUAUAAUAGUUACUGUCAAGCAUGAAACUGCUGUUAGGUAACUUGAAACUGUUCUCUCUGUUACAGCACAGUUAAUUCAGUAUUAAUUUUAUUAAUCUCCAUGUCUAGACUCAUGUAGCUGGAUGAACUGUAACUGAAAGCAGCUAGGAUUUGCCUUCAUGGCUGGGAUCAAUGUCAACAGAGCAAUCUCCUGCAUUGGAGCUGCAUUAAUACCUGUGGGUACUAAUAAUCAGUUUUUAAAUCCUUCUUAACACUGAUUUCUGUUGAUCUUAGUCCUGCUAACCAGAACAAGCAUCACUCGUGCGCUGACUCUUCUACCAUUAGUCUGAUUUUUCAGCGUAUGUGGCCAAUGUUUUUCUUUUUUUUGUUUUCCUUAAUAAUUUCUGAUUUAGCACUGUUUAUUCUUUUAUAUUUGCUUUAAACAUAAGCCUAAAGGUUGCCAAUGCAUAGUAUUUGCUACUCAGAGUGAUGGGAUUUGUAACAUUUUCUUAAUUUUGUUUGAUCAGGAUCUUGGGUGAAAAGGAGCAGGUGAAUGUUAGCCUCAUGGCUUUCUUUUGCACAUCGUACCAUGUUAGACCUCACACAAAAAAAAAAGAUGUGGAAAAUACAAAGUGCUGAUCACUCAUGUUUGAUAAGACCGAUGUUAAACAAGAAGCACUUUGUUCUGGAUUUUCAACCAGGUUUUCUUUUGUUCUGUGAUCAUAACAUUCAUGCAUAGAAUCCUUUUUUUUAAGUAGCUCUUGCUUGAGAAAGGGCUACUUAACUGUAUGCUAGCAAUGGCCUUAUUGGGAUUGCCUUGGGUUUUAAUGCAAUAUUGUUUUCGAUUUGUAUAAAAUAGUCAAGAGUAUUCUAUUAAACAUUGUGUAAUGUCAUACUAGCA